AUGUGCAAUGGACAACACAAAUGUCAACUUGAUGGCAAAAAAAGUAAAAAUUGUUCCAUAAGCUAUUAUUGCAUUGAUGAUCGCUUCGUUCAAAACUGUUCCCUCAUGAAUGCACCAACAAAUAUUGGAAACAAUUUAGAUUUAUUUUGGUGCUACCAACAUACUAGCCAAAAGAAAGGAAAACCCCGCUGCUGGGAGUUUUCCAGAGAUGUCAACCAUCAUUGGUUUAUCCUUCGAGGGUUGGUAAAAAUGAAGCUUGGAGUAAGUUCACACGGAAAGCUUAUAGAGAAUUUCAAGAUGAUCAAAAGUAUCAAGAGUAAUGAAAUAUGCACAUCAAGCAAAUAUAUUUGGAUCAUUUAUGUUGGUACAAAAAAUCCAGAAACACUUGUAAAUAUCUAUUCAGAAGACGAUCCAACAUUAACAGAUUCUCGUCAAAUCGAUGAUAUAAACACGAACACAAGUAAAGAAGUUAUCAAGUUUGAACGGAACAUGACUGAAGAUUCCCAAAAUAAUUUCUUUGCUGUUGAUGACAAUAAAAAUCAGGAUAACAAAAGCGAAAACAUGAAUUUCGUGAAAAUAAUAAUUAUAAUAGCCACUAUUGGCGGAGUAUUGAUUGCUGUCGCUAUAACAAUUGCAAUCCUUUGGUGCUGUUGCCGACGGUGCAAUAAUGUGACCAUCAGCAAUCCCAGGAAAAAUUCUUCUUCCAGGAAAAAUUCUUUCUCCGGGAAAAUUUCUCAUAAAGUGAAUAAGGUUGAAACAGAAGAGCCGAAUUGUCAACUACGAAAGGACUUUGUUCCAACUGAAGCAACAAGAGAUACAUUCGAUAGUGUCGGAUUUUGGACAGAUGAUGAGGAUUACGUCCCUGAUGACGACCGCCAUUCCAAAAUCAAACCACACAUUUACGCUAUGGGCAAUUGUAUUUAUGAGCAACAAUCACCUACGAAUGAAAUCUACAUGAAUUCUGUGAUCCCCCCACCAUCCUCUGUUGAAAAAGAAAAGGAGAUGUAUGUCAAUAUGCAAAGAAAUCAAACAAACAAGCACUUUAACAUUUUCUUGUAG